AUGGAGAAGAAGAAUAUUUUGAAGCAGGAUGUGGAUCCAUUCCUCAAUUGCCCUAUCUGCAACAAUUUACUCGAUCAUCCCACCAACAUCACUGAGUGUAACCACAUAUUUUGCAGGAGAUGCAUAGAGGACAAGCUCAGAGUAGAGAACUUGAAAGCUUGUCCAGUCUGCAAUAUUGAUCUUGGUGUUGCUCCUUUUGAUAAACUCAAGCUGGAUAACGGUUGGAAUGACUUGAAGCACAGAUUCUUCAAACGAAAGCCAAAAACCGUUAAAGCAGUAACUAAAACUAGUUCAACCUCUUUGAAAACUGGUUCAACCUCUUCGAAAUACUCCAGAAAGAAGAAGAAAUCUCUAACUUCACUCUUCACCACUUCAUCUGGAGUACCAACCCCACCUGAGCCAUUGGAACCAAAGAAGCUUGGCAAGGAAAACAAUGUUUUGGUUGGAGCAUCAACAUAUAAAGGAUGCAUACAAAAGGAAAACAACUCUGGAAAAGAUAAGGAAGAGAUUCCAGUAUCAUUUGAUUAUCUUGGAAAGUUCUUGAGUACUACUGAUAAGAGCAACCAUACUGAACUGACUGCUGUGACUGCAAUAACUCCAAAUGGCAAAGAGAAACAAAACACUGUCCUUGCAGAGAGAAUCUCUAGUGAGAAAUCAAAGAACAAAGGUAAAGAAAAGAUAGUAAGUUUCUCUACCCAGAGGCAGGUCUCUGGUCAGAAAGGGAAAGGAAAAGCUUCUUCUCCUCCGGUUUCGAAACCCGGAAUGCAUGUGGAUAUCAGUUCAGGUGGUACAUCAUCACAAUCUGCCAUUUCUUUGGAGGAAGAGAAGAAAACUGAAGCAAGUAACAACAAAGUUUCACUUACACCAAAAAAAGUUUGGUUUUCACUAAUAGCUGCCCGGAACACUAAUAUGCCUCUACUGCCACAAAUCUCCAGUCAAAACAUACAAACAGAUGGAAACUUAACUGUGUCAUAUGUCAAGAAGUAUGUAGCGAAAAAGCUCGGUCUGAAAAGCGAGAACGAAGUGGAGAUAUGGCUAAGGGAAGAGUCCGUGUGUCCUACACAGAAGCUGCAUGAGUUGGCGGACUGGUGGGUUCAGACUACUCCAAUUGCUGAGCGAAAAAACGGGAUGGUUGGAAGAUUUGGAGCUGGGUUCGUCAUGGUUCUCCACUAUAGUGGCUCUUACCGCUAUGAAUGA